AUGGCUGCAAUCUUGCCAGCACAAGUUCACGGACUUCACGGAGUUCAGAGAGUGCCUGUGUGGACCCCUAGAGCCAGCCCGCGGACUGGAACCAGCUGGGCCAGCUGCGACGAUGCGCCAUGGCCAUGGCUGGGGCUGGCGGCCCUGGUCGCUCCAUGGUCCUACAGAAACUGGAGACAUGGGAAAGUCUCCGCGCAGACUCGGGCAGUUCGCACAGCUUGUGGCGCAGCUUGCGUCCAGGGUAUGUGGGCAGAAGCGGCAGAAGCGGACCAACCUCGGCGAAUCCUUUUAAUCAUCCAUGGGUACCCACCACUUUACAAUGCGGGAUCGGAGGUCUACACGCAAACGCUGGCUCGAGAGCUGCAGCAUCGGGGCCAUGAAGUGCUCGUGUUUUGCAGGGAGGAGGACACCAUCGCUCCCUACUUCCGCGUCCGCACUGACUUUGAUGGCGAUGUCAGGCUCAGGAUCAUCAACCUUCCAAAUUUCCGGGAUCGCUAUCGGAUCGCGGAAGUGGACCAGGCGGUGGAAGAGAUCUUGGAAGAAUUUCGCCCAGAUGUGGUCCACUGUGGGCACUUGAACCAUCUCUCAACCUCACUGGUUGACGUUGUGACAAAAAAGGGCGUUCCCUUCCUAUACACUUUGCACGACUUCUGGCUGAACUGUCCCAGAGGCCAGUACAUGCAGUUCACAGGUGAGAAGCCCGAUGAUUUGUGGCCUGUGUGCGACGGCCAGGACGAUGGCAAAUGUGCCAAGAGAUGUUACGUCCCUCGAAUCGGGUCAGGAGACCCAGACAGUCACAUGGACGAGCACUAUUGGACUGGCUGGAUUGCAAAGCGCAUGGCCCACGUGCGAGCAGUGGCAGAGAAAGUAGACCUCUUCAUUGCGCCUGCCCAGCAUCUACAGCAGCGCUUCGUAGCGGAUGGUUUUGCUCCGGAGUCCAAGGUCGUGUAUCUAGACUACGGCUUUGAUCGACGCCGCUGCCAGGGACGGCAGCGUGAAGACGGCGGGCCGUUCACGUUCGCCUACAUCGGAACCCACAAGGAGUCCAAGGGAGUGCACCACCUGAUUGAAGCGUUUGCGGCGGUGCAAUCAGAUGCUGCGCUCCCUGAGUCACGCUUGAAAAUCUUCGGAAGGACGCUGGGACAGUCUACAGCUGCUCUGAAGCGGCUUGCCGCCAAGCUCGGGCGAAACUUGGGCACUUUGGAGUGGUGCGGCGAGUACUGCAACGAGGACAUCGUGGCUGAGGUCUUUAACAAAGUCGAUGCCAUUGUGGUCCCGAGCAUCUGGUUGGAGAACAGCCCACUCGUGAUCCACGAGGCCCAGCAAGCUGGCGUACUUGUCAUCACGGCCAACGUCGGAGGCAUGGCAGAGUACGUGCAGCACGAGAAGAACGGGCUCCUGUUCUCACAUAGGGACCCGAACGCCCUGGCGGAGCAGAUGCGCCGCUGCCUUCUUGAGCCGGACUGGGCGAAACAGCUUGGACAAGCAGGAUAUUUGUUCUCAAGGGAUGGUCAGAUUCCGUCUGUUGAAGACCAUGUGGCUAAGAUCGCGGAGCUCUAUGAGGAGACCAUCCAGCGACGGCGAUCCUCAGAUGUUCGGAUCGGGGAUUCGCAGGAUUCACCACCAUGGAGGCUGACCCUUGACACGAACCCGGAUGAUUGCAACUUGCACUGCGACAUGUGCGAGGGCUUCUCGCAGUACUCCACCGUGGAGGCCGAGCGCCGGAGCCAGGGCCUCAGCCCAAGGCGCAUGCCAAUGGACUUGGCUCAGAAGGUGCUCCGUGAGUUUGUGGACCUGAACCUCGCCUGGCUGAAGAAGGGCAGGAGUCAGGUGCUUGAGGUCAUCCCCUCCACCAUGGGAGAGCCCCUUCUGUACCAGCACUUUGAAAAGCUCCUGGAGCUCAUUAGCGAGGAGGACGCCCGGCUGAAGGCAGCCGGGCACGACUUCGGCCUCAAGCUGAACUUGACGACAAACGGCACCUUCCCAAGGCUUGGCGCCCGGAGGUGGGCGGAGCUCCUUCUUCCUUUGACGUCGGACAUCAAGAUCUCUUGGAAUGGUGCGCAGAAGGAGACCCAGGAGACCAUCAUGAAGGGCCAUGACUUUGAGAAAGUCAUGGAAAACGUGAAGAUCUUGGUCCAGGAGAGGGAUGCCCUGGUGGCUGCUGGUGGGCCCGUCUGCCGCUUGACGUUCCAGCUCACCUUCCUCGAGGAGAAUUACCAGGAGAUUCCGGACAUCGUUCGUUUGGCAGCUGAUGUGGGCAUCAACCGUGUCAAGGGGCAUCACUUGUGGGCCCAUUGGCCAGAGAUGGCCCGGCGUGCUAUGAAGAGGGACCACGAUGCAGUGGCCCGCUGGAACGCCAUGGUGCCCUCCGCGAUGGAGGCGGCCAAGUCGCGGGGUGCCUUGGUCCAGUCUGAAAACCGAGAGGCGUGGUGUACGAGACAUGCUUUCUUCUUCAAGGAGGCCGUUCUUGCUGCAAACCUAGGCAUCGAGUUGGAGGGGGUCAACAUUAUCCCAAAGGACUCUGCGCAAGACCUGGCACCGGGGGCGCCCUGCCCCUUCCUGCAGAAGGAGCUACUGGAGCUGUGGGUGGCCUCCGAUGGCCGCUUCAACCCGUGCUGUGCGCCCGAUGAGAAGCGACUGGGCUUGGGCUACUUCGGAAACCUGUCGGAAGAGAGCCUCGAGGACAUUUGGACUGGUGACCCGUACCAGACCCUCGUGGCUACCUAUGCAACACAUUCCUUAUGUCAAGGCUGCACCUUUCGCGCGAGCGACCAACUUGGGUUUGGGCUCGAGCACUUGGGCAGACUGUUAGCCGUCAGCCUCAUGGUGCAUCCUAUUCCAGAUGCUCCAAGGCAGGCUAUGCAGUCAGCGUUGUCUGAAGAGGAGUUAUGUGUGCGGCAUGAAGCUCCAACAAGGUCCCCAGGCUGCUUGUGCAGAUCUCUCCGCAUGCUGAACUGCCGCCUCUAUGUAGCGCUGCUGCUGAAGGCGGCGAUGCCGACUGUCUACACGACCACGCGAAUCUACUUCCUGGGACAGCUUCCACAGGCAGGCGGCGUUGACGUCGCCUCCCAACUUUACUGGGUCAGCUUGCUGCUCGAGGUUAUGGAGGAGGCCCUGAUUGCUGCUUACCAGCAAACAUCAGGAGCUAUGGGCCGUCGAGCAGAAUGUGUGCGAGAUAGUGAUAGUUCAUUCUGGUCAUUUGGGCUCUGGUGGCUGCGCACCAAUGAAUCGGGGAUCCAGGCCUAG